ACUGUUUAAUUUUGAUUUUGUUUUUUAGUCGUCCAGUGAUUUCUGUGCCUCUCCUGAUACAUUUGUGAUCCAAGUAGCGGACCAGUAUGGAGUAAUCAGUAAAGAUAUCCUCCUGUACUACCUCCGCUGCAGUCCAGAGGCGACCAACCCUUUUCAGCAGAAACUUUCGGGGGGACACAAAGCUUUGGUGGAGAUGCAGGAUGACGUGUCUGAACUUCUGCGCUCUGCCACUGGAGAGUACAGACAAACCAGGGGCCGAUUGGAGGAGAUCCAGGGCAUCUUGAACAGCACAGAGAUCAGCCUCCAUCAGCUCACUGCGCUGGUGGACUGCCGCAGCCUGCACCUGGAUUACGUGCAGGCCCUGACUGGACUGUGCUACGAUGGACUGGAGGGCCUGAUCUACCUGGUGCUCUUCUCCUUCGUCACCGCGCUCAUGUUCAGCUCCAUCAUCUGCAGCGUGCCACACACCUGGAGGGGCAAGAGGAGUGAUGACGACAGUGAGGAUGAGUCCCUGAGCCAUGGGGGAAGACAGAACAAUGAUAACCUGUAUCGCGUGCACAUGCCCAGUCUGUACAGUUGCGGCAGCUCCUACGGCAGCGAGACCAGCCUCCCCGCCGCCGCACACACCGUUAGCAACGCCCCGGUCACAGAGUACAUGGCUCAGAACGCCAACUUCCAGAACUCGCGCUGUGAAAACACUCCUCUGAUUGGACGAGAGUCUCCUCCCCCUUCAUACACCUCCAGCAUGAGAGCCAAGUACCUGGCCAACAGCCGACCGGACCCCAACAGCUCUACGUCCCACUGAAAACCUGCAUCCUCCCAUUCAACUCCCCAUGUUUUCUGUUCAAGUUUUUACCACAAAUUUUUCACAAUCUCAAAAGACAUUGGUCAGAAGGCGUUGAAGACUAAAAUGACAACUAUUACCACUGGACAAAUCCUAAAAUGGUGCUGAUGGAGCUUAAAGAACUGCAUUUAAAAACUUGUCAACUUUUUUGUCUAAGGGUACAUUGAUACUAGGCCUGUCACGAUAACACAUUUUGAAGUCAUAGAUGUUACAUUUUUCAAUUCUCUACAGCUCAAAUCUUUUUGCAUUACAACUAAAAUAAAAGAAACUCCCCCGUUAUUGCAAAGUAAUUGUACACAGGGCAGUGGGGAGGGUCACGCUAAAUAUUGAACCCCAAAAUGAAUAGUUCCAGGUUUCAUAUACUGAUUGAUGAGUUGAUAUAGUAAUUAUCAUGACAGGCCUAAUUGAUACUACUGCUAGUUGUUCUGGUUAUAUGUUAAGUACUGUAUAUUCACUCAUUGUCUUAGGAGAGGAGGAGCCUUACUUGUUGUAUAGACAUCGCACAGUAGUUUAACAUUUUUGACCUAGUUUUUAGACAAUUCAUCUCACCAUCUCAGGUCUUUCAAAGCCUCAAAUGCAAGUACGGUAUAACUUCUGGUUUAUGGAAAUGCAUAACACACCAUAACUCAUAACUCAUACUGAAAUAUGUUUUUUUGUCUUAACUAAACGUGGGACCAGUUUUUCUGCACGUCUUAAAAGAUCUACUUUUUUUUACUCUUUUUUUUUUUUUUUUUUUGUUUUUCUUGGAUUAUUAUUUCCUCUGGCAGUUUAUUUUGAAGACUCUGUGGUUUAUGAAACUGUGAGCUCAUUCCAGCAUAUGCCGUGAAUCUCUUGAAGAUGAAGAAAAGGCAGCUUGUGUGAUCAGAGCUUUUACAAAGACAGAAAAUAAGGACCACUGUGUAAUACUGGAAGCACAAACAUUGUAAAAACUUACAUGGGACAAAGAGGAACUGAAGUCUGUAUUGUUACGAAGCAACUUGUAAAUGUCUCAUAUCUUAAUUCACCACUCACCAGAUUUAUUUCUUUUAAAUUUUUGGGUUGUCAUGGCAAAUCAUCUUCCUUUUAACAAAAGUUUUACAUCCGAUGCCCUUCCAUUAGUUGACUGAUUUUGCUUUCUGCACACAUUACAGUGGUUUGUGACCCCUAGUGGCUGGAUUAAGCGCAAUCCAAUCUCGAGUUUCUUCCAAUAUUUCAAAGUUAUCUCCUCAAUAUAUUGUAAAAACAUCCAUAAGGGUAUGUCCGUGAGAAAUUAUCCUUAUGAAAUGGCAACAUGGUGUCUCUAAAAUGUGUUUUAGCAUUUAAAAUGUAUGUAACAGUGAUGCUGUGAAGGGACUGAUAUAAACCACAAUUUUUGGCCAGCUUUGUCAGUGAAAGCUGUAUUUUAUGUCUUUUUGUUGGCGAGUUUUCAGAUUAGGAUAAGUAACGCAAACUGUACAAAUGUGUUGCACAAAAUAUAACAGAUAUACACAAAUUCCCUUUUAAAUCUCAAUAUUUAGGCCAAAUGUGAAAGGUUUUUAAAAAUGAGCCAAAUUUUGUAUUCAAUAAGGCCUGUUUAAGUUCAUUUCUGGUGAAGUCUUUCUCUUUUCAUCGUUUAUGCGUUGCUGUACAUAAUACGAACAUUUAAAAUCUCUGAAGGCAUAAAUUUGGUUCAUUUUAACAUUUUGCUUACAUUUUUUUUACAUUUUUUUAGCCUUGUUUGUUCACAGAUGGUUCAUUAAUGUGAAUAAUAGACUUUUAUUUUGUUCUUAAUGACAGUAGUGUUUGUUUUUACCUUUUUGCAAGUUUAAAAUGUGUACAUGUAAAAAAAAAAUGUGGUUCUUGAGCUUGGACGAUGUGUUUUAAAAUUAAACAAAUUGUAAAUGGA